AAAUCUGGUAACACUGUAAUAAAUUGACCGAUUUCAUUCUAUUCAUUCAAAAUCAAAGCAAAAGAGAAAAAGAGACAGAACUUCAAAUCAAUUGUUCAAUUCGGUUGGUUCAUUUUACAAGAGCGUUUAUUUUAUUCUGCUGGGAUUUUCAGAAAUGUAUUGAAAUGAAAAAAGUGAAUACUAAUCGAAGGAGACUGAUAUAUAGAUAGUGAAAGUGUAUUACGUGUUGUUAUUUUACUGUAAAUUGUGUUGUGUUAAAUGAUUGAUGUAACGAACCAGUGUACAGCAAGAUGGACGAAUUGUCUAAGGGCAUGACACAAACAGGAAGCACCGCCGCAACUGACAAAAUUCAAGAAAAUGAUGGCUCGUCAACGCCCAUAAUUUACCUAAAUGAGUCUUGUAUGGAAUGCGAGCGGGUGCGGGCUGCGUGUGAGAGGUUGGGGUCCCUCGCACCAGCGCCCAGCUCAGACAUGCUGCCCAUGCAGCAGCCACCGCCACAGCCCCCGUGCUACCUCAUCACAGCACCUUUCGACGGAGAACUCUUUGACGCGGCACACAGAGCUAAAUACAGGGUGCUGGGUCCAACGGCGGUGCUGCAGCUAGCGGAGCGGGACGAGCCGCCGCCGGCGAACGCGCGGCCGCUCUACACGCUUUCCAUGCGCGGCGCCGUCAUAUGCUUCUCCGGAUUCAGAAAAAAGGAUGAGCUUACGAACCUCAUAACUCUGAUCCACUACAUGGGCGGUUCGAUCCGCAAGGACAUGUCGAGCAAGGUGACGCACCUGAUCGCGGCCGCGGCCACCGGCGACAAGUACCGGUACGCGUCGGGCUUCGGUCUGCCGGUGCUGGCGCGCUCGUGGGUGGACGCUUGCUGGGAGCGCCGCGACGACCCCGCCUGCCUGGCCACGGACGAGGCCGUCAUAAAAGAGCACAAACUGAAAGUGUUUGCGGGCGCCCGCGUGUGCUUCAUGGGCUUUCCCGAGGACGAGACGCAACACAUGGCGGAGGUGCUGGCCAGCAAUGGCGGCGCCACAUGCGCUAUCGACGACCCCGACUGCACGCACGUCGUAAUGGCCAAUGGGGAGACUUUCGGUCGUUCGCUUAUCCUUUCCCCCCACCCCACGCCCAACUCCUCCGCCAAGCUAUCCCGCGCUACUCCCAACCGCUCCCAGUCUACUCCUAAGAGCUCACUGUACCGUAGACUGUCGGCGAGGCUGUCGGGCCGCCGCUCGAGCCCCACCAAGCAAGGGGACGGCAAACUGUCUCUGGAUAGAGAACACCGUGUCCAACUUGCAAGGGAUAACAUUAGAGAGAAACACGCAAUGUCCAAAGAUGAAAUUGAUAACGCCAGUAUUAUUAGUUGUAUAGGAAAAUCGUACAUCGAUGAUAUGUAUACGAACAACGAAGUAAAUAAGAGCGCGCCUAACAUAGAUGUGAUAGAAUAUCGCAAGUACAAAACGUGCGGUAAAGAGAACAAUUCGUCUCCGGUCCAGCGCGGCGCUGUUGGAAUAAACAUGCGAGACAAACGAGAAGUUUUUAGAAAUAAGUCUAUGAAUGUAUUUAACUUAGUCGAUUGCCUCGCGGAGGCUGGAUCUUUACAUUCGUCAUUUACAAAAAGCUUGUGCGAUCUCGAUUCCAAAGAUGAAACAGGAUUUUUGUUGCCGACUUCAACAGUUGGUAAAGAAUUGCAACAGUCAACCACGACGAUAUCCUCCGGCAAAAAGAGAAGUCGUAACUCUACAGACUCCAAUUUUGAGGUUAGCGCUGUCAACAGCAACAGUUCUCCUGACAAAUGUGAGGACAGCCAUUGGAAAUCGAUUAAGAGGCUUAAAAUUAAGGAUUCAUUCAAGUUUAAGAAUAGACCAGCUAUAUUUAAGCGAACAAAAAAAGAGUCUGUUUCCAAAACAACGGGAGACAUAACAGUGGAGCCGGUGAGUCCGGACAGCGUGAAGCCGACGGACCCCGCCGGAGAAUUUGUGGCAGCCACAUCUUCGCCCAUAAGAGAGGACGACAAUGCCUCCAUCUGCUCAAUAAACACGAGCAAGCAAUCAGGUUUUUUCGAUAUCUCUUUUGCCACCAAAACGGUGAAGUCUGCGUCGAAACUGCGCAGGAGCGUCAAGUCAUUCACGGCGUCGUUCCGCAGCGAACGUAAAAAGAAAUAUGAGAAAAGAUCGGAAAGGAACACGGUGCAGGUGGACGCGUGCCAUCUGCCUGCCGAUGCUAUCAACGUGUCCACUCCCAAGAGGGAGGUAAACGAGAUGAACUUGGACAUAUCUCCCGUGCAAGUGGACACGGUGGACAGUACGGAGACGGCUACGCCGCGAGCCCGCGAGGCGGACGAGGUGGAUGACUCCGCGCUUUUCAAAACGCCGCAGAGUGUGUGGCCCACCCUGCGCGCCCCGCCCCCCGCGCGCGCGCCCGCCGCCGACCAAUGCCACGGAACCCCGCUGCCGGUGGUCGACGAACACAACACAGCGGUGGCGCCAGAAUGUUCGGUGCGAGUUCACGUGGUGAAGGCGGAGUGGUUCUGGGCGUCGGUGCAAAACGAAGAGGCGCAGGACGAGCGGGAUUACCUCUUCAAAGAUUACCUGGACGAAGUGUCGCGGCGGUCGUCGGUGGGGGGCGCGGGCGUGGCGGGCGCGGCGGGGGCGGCGUGCGAGGAGGAGGCGGCGGGCAGCGGCGCCGGCGCGGCGGGCAGCACUCCCGCGCAGCUGCAGCGGCUGCGGAAGCGGAAGCUGCGGGGAGGGGACGCGGCCUUGCACAAGAGGCGCUCGUCCGUCAGCGACGCCGUGCUGCUCAGCUUGUCCGGGAACCUGCUCGAUUGCACGCCCUCGCCAGAUGGGAAGCAGAGGCUCGAAGAGUCAGAGGUGCCCGACAAUGUGGUGCGGAAACUGAUGUCCCCCCGGCAGCAAGUCUUUAUGGAGUUGUUGCAAACGGAAUCGAAUUACGUCGGCAUAUUACAUACGAUAGACACGUUAUUCAAACAACCACUCGAGGAAAUGACCGAGGAGGAUACCAGUAAUGGAAAGAACCAGCCGUUGCUCAAUAACACUGAACUGAGGAAUAUAUUUGGAAAUUUACCGCCUAUUUACGAAUUACACCAGCGCAUGCUGGAAGACCUGCGGCACACGCAGUCGCACUGGAGCGAGGAGGCGAGCAUCGGGCGCAUCGUGCUGAAGUACACGCCCGACAUGCUGAAGGCGUACCCGCCCUUCAUCAACUUCUUCGAGAACACCAAGGAUAUGCUGCAGCAGUGCGAUCGUGAGAACCCAAGAUUUCAUGCAUUCCUGAAAAUCUGUCAAACUAGACCAGAGUGUGGCAGACAAAGUUUACAGGAACUCUUAAUAAGACCAGUGCAGCGAUUACCUAGCAUAAGUUUAUUACUCGACGAUAUACUAAAGCACACCCACAAAAACAACCCGGACCACUCGGCGCUGGUGUCCGCGCUGGCGGGGCUGCGCGAGGUGAUGUCGCACAUCAACGAGGACAAGCGGAAGACGGAGGGGCAGCUGCAGAUGUUCGACAUCUACCACGACAUCGAGCAUUGUCCGGCUGACCUGGUGUCUUCGCACCGUUCAUUCGUGGCACGCUGUGAAGUGGUGGAGCUGUCUAAAGAACUCUCCGGUAGGGGGGACCAUCUCGUGUUCUUCCUCUUCACUGAUACCAUGGAAGUAUGCAAGAAGAGAUCUAAGGCAUUUAACAGUAAGAGUCCUACGAACGGGACGAGCACGAUGCGGUCCAGCAAGCCGUAUCGACACAUACAGCUCAUGCCGCUCAGCACUGUCAAGCGGGUCGUCGACAUCCGGGAAGCUGAAGACUGCCACAACGUGUUCGCGUUGAUGUGCCGCAACAACCAGGAGCUGAAGGAGCAGCUGUACUCGUUCAUGAUCACCGACGACGCCGUGGACAAGCAGACCUUCCUGCGGCAGCUGUGUCGCCAGAUGGCCAACACCGUCUGCAAGGCCGACGCCGAUAAGUUCUUGACGAGCUUAGACUCGCAUCAACUGGACAUUGACACCAGCGACCUGGCACUCAGCACGCUAUCCAAAGUGUCCAAGUUCGCCGCGCGCACUAGAAUCAAGCUGGAGGCGCUGGCGGGGCUCGGCGGGUGGCUGCGCGCGGAGCCGGCGGCGGGCCUGCUAGACACAUGGGUAUUGCGCGCUCACUUACUGACGCUCGCACAGGUGGGGCGCGCGUUAUCGUUCAACAAGACGCCGUCGAAGCUGAAACGCGCGAUGUCGUCUAUGAUAUCGCCCUUCGGGUCGAACUCCAACCUGAACACGCCCGCGUCGCAACUCGCGCAGAUGAGGCUGGCCAGUUGUAAUAAUAUUAAUGAGAUGGGCGCCCACGGCGGCGGCGGCGCGGCGGGCGGCGUGCUGGUGGCGCCGCUGUCGGUGCAGCCCACGCGCAAGGCGGGCGCCGCGGCCGCGCUGCGCCGCUUCUGACGACGGGCGCCCGCGCGCGCCUGACCCCCGCACCCCCGCUCCCCCGCCACCGCCACGACUCUAGUCAGCUGCUGCGAGACCAGUGAUGGUCGACGGCUCGGUGUAAAUGAUAAUGACAGUGCAAACGGUCGUCGAUACUGAAAGAAAUCUAACGAGAUAAGAGUGUGUGUGCGCUCUAAUCUAGUAUGUCCAUUUUGUAAUGAUUAUCGUAUAUUCGACAUAAUAUCGCGUUUCGGUUCACGGUUAUUGUUAAUGAAUUUCAACGUCUUGGCUAAAAAGAACUGAUUUUUUAAAAAAUUGAGUAUAGAAAAAUUUCGCUACUCUUUUUAUCAUGAUGCGACGUUUCCCCGAUCUAUUUCACUGAUUCCAGUGACGAAUCAGUGCUAAACGAGAAUAGAUAAUAGGGAUGUGGCAAUGGAAAUAUUUAUUGAUUUUGGAAAUCUUUAAGAUAAUGCAGCUAUGGCUUUGUAUGACUGCUAGGAGUGCCUUCACAUGAAAGAAGUUGAGAUAUUAAAUGUAUUGGGUCUUCAUAUUAAAUUAUUGGAUAGUAUUAUAAAUAAUUGUUACAAUGAACGGCUUAUAAAGAUCGAAUAUUAUGGUAGUGUAUAGUUAAGCCUUGUUAUUGAAAAAAUCGAUUGCAUUUUAUGCAUUUGCGGCCGAAAAAGUAACUUUCCUAUUAACGAUAUCCCACAAAUGCUUAAAAUACAAUCUUUGUCAAUUUGUGUAAAGUAGCGAUUCCUUUAGGGCAGCUACUAUCGAUAAUGUAAAUAGAUAUUAUACAAGCUUAUGUGUCACACAGUAAUGUUUAUUGAUAUUAUUGAGAUACUCUAAAAUAAUAUGUACAUAUUGUGAUAUUUUAAUUUAAUCAACAAAUAAGCAUCAUAGGUUAAUAUCGUAAUCUGUCGGUGUUGAGGCGGCGCGCGCUGCCUGCCGGACAAAUGUUGUUUGUGUACGAUUACCAGAGUCUCACUACUGUCAUAUGUAUUAGCUAUCAUGUGUACGCAUAUGUUCAGGAUUGUACAAAGAUCUAUAUUUAAAAAAUAAUGAUUUAUUAAAUACAAUAAACUUUUAUUUUCAAUCAA